UUUCUUUUUUCUUUUUUUCCUUGUCUUAGUGGGAAGCUGCGCUCGUGCGCGCGUCACGAACCAGAAGGGCGUCUGCUUUUUAAUUGAAUAUUUCUUCUGUCAUUCCGGCCGCACCAACGUCCGCCAUCACAUCACCAGAAAAAAAAAAAUAAUAAUAAUAAUAAGAAGAAGCCCAUCUGCAACUCUGCCAAGACGAACGGGAUGCCAGCGUCUCUCCGGCCGUAGCGCGCGCCGAGAUGGGCUCGGAGGAUCGCGCUUCAGUCAUGUCGCACAAGAUCUCGUCCUUGUCGCGCAGCAACAGCAGCUCCUCGUCCAAACACGACAGUCGACAGGACAGCUGGGAAAUUGUGGAAGGUCUGCGCGGAGGCUUUGGCGCAAUCCUGGAGCCGCAGAAACAGGAAAGCUACGUGCUAAAGAAAAGAAAAUGGCCCCUCAAGGGCUGGCAUAAGAGGUACUUUUCCCUGGACAAGGGCAUCCUGAAGUAUGGCAAGUGCAACGCCGACUUGGAGAAGGGGAAAGUCCACGGCCGCAUCGACGUGGGGCUCUCCGUGAUGGCCAUUAAGAAGAAAGCCAAGUGCAUCGAUCUCGACGCUGAGGAGAACAUCUAUCACCUGAAGAUCGAGUCGCAGGAGCUGUUUGACGAAUGGGUGUCCAAGCUGCGCCACCACCGGCUCUACCGGCAGAAUGAGAUCGCCGCGUGUCCCGACGACAAGUCCUUCCACUUCCCCCGCCGCCCGUCCCCCGCGUCCCCGGGCUUCGGCGACAGCGCUUCUAGUAGAAAGUGCGGCCCGACGCGCCGGCAGUCCGCGGCGCACUCGGCGGGCGGCUUCCCUUUCGGCUGCAACAGCCAGGCCAAGGUGGCGGCGUGGUUGCGGUCGUCUGACGACAUGGAGAAAUGCUCCGAAGACCUGUCAGUUUGUGAGGCGCACCUGCUGGAGCUGAGCCACCUCCUCCAGAGCAUGGAGGUCCUCCACCGGACCUGUUCCGCACCCUCCAUCCAGGCUCUUCAGGCGUCAACAUUUGACAGCCCAAAGAAGGAAAAGAGGCUUCAGAGGAAGUGGCGCACAAAAAACUACAAUAAAGACGUCAAAACUACCCUGCAGGUUCCCGGCUGCAUCUCGGCUUCUCUCCGCCUCCACGCGUCCAACCCCAACCUGUCCACCGCCGCGCUGGCCGGCGACAAAAGCGAACGGGAGUGCCGGGACUCGGCUUUCGACGCGGCCAAGCUGCAGGAGGACUUCUGCCGCGUGGCCACGAACCUGCACGCCACCAUGAAGUCGGCCCUGAUUUCGCUCACGUCGGAGAGGGAGCGCCUAAGACUGUGCGUGGACCAGGAGACCUGCCCCCCUACCUCCCCCCAGGCGCUGGGCCUGAAGAAAGCGCUGACGGCGGCUUUAGCCCAGAACUCAGAGCUGCGAGAGCGCCUGUGCAAGAUUCACGCAGAGUCUCACGUCGUCGAACCCGCAUUAGUCAGUCUCACUGCCGCUGUGCAGAAACAAGACGAGUCUGCAUCCGAGUCCCGUUCUUUGGUGCAUCAGGAGUCCAAUGAAAGCAGAACCGAGUCGCUGUCUGAGUUCUUUGACGCGCAGGAGGUUCUCUUGUCUAAUAGUUCCUCAGAAAAUGAGGCGUCAGAAGAUGACUCGUACAUCAGCGACGUUAGCGACAACAAUUCCAUGGACAACUUCAACAAUGAAACGGAAAACGGAAGACAAAAUUCAGGUUGCGGGGAGGUCCCGUGCCGGCGUCGAUCGCGUCUCCCGUCGCCCGGCCCCGACGGCAGCGCCGUCAGCCUGUGGAACAUCCUCAGGAACAACAUCGGCAAGGACCUUUCCAAGGUGGCCAUGCCGGCGCAUCUCAACGAGCCGCUCAACACCCUGCAGAGGUUGUGCGAGGAGCUGGAGUACAGCGAGCUUCUCGACCGGGCCGCCGGCACGCACAACGAAUUCCAACGGAUGGUCUUCAUCGCUACAUUUGUGGUGUCGGGUUACGCGUCCAGCUUCUACCGAACUGGCGGCAAGCCCUUCAAUCCGGUCCUGGGGGAGACUUACGAAUGUGACCGACCCGAUAAAGGCUUCCAGUUUAUCGCGGAGCAGGUCAGCCAUCAUCCGCCAAUCUCGGCUUGCCACGCAGAAUCCAAAAACUUUAUCUACUGGCAAGACGUGAGGUGUAAGAACAAGUUUUGGGGGAAGUCCAUGGAGAUCAUUCCCGUCGGCAGCACGCACGUGACCUUGCCCGGGUCCGGAGACCACUACGAGUGGAACAAGGUGACGUCGUGCAUUCACAACAUCCUGAGCGGCCAGCGCUGGAUCGAGCACUACGGCGAGAUCUCCAUCCGAAACUCCAACAGCGACGCCUGCCAGUGCAAGAUCACUUUUGUUAAGGCCAGAUGGAACUCAAGCGCCAACGAGGUGGAAGGAACCAUCACGGACCAGAAGGGGAACGUGGUCCGCCGGCUCUACGGGAAGUGGCACCAAGCCGUUUACUGCGGGGACCCCCCCUCGGCCACGUGCGUCUGGAGAGCGAACGCCAUGCCGCUAGACCACGAGCAGUACUACGGUUUCACCAAGUUUGCCAUCGAACUGAACGAGCUGGACGCUUCCCUAAAAGCGCUGCUGCCCCCCACCGACACCAGACUGCGCCUGGAUCAAAGACUGCUGGAGGAGGGCAAGCUGGAGGCCGCCGAGGAGCAGAAGCAACGGAUUGAACAGCUGCAGAGGGAAAGAAGGCGUCUCCUCGAGGAGAGCAACGACGCACAUCAGCCCAAAUUCUUCAGGAAAUUAAAAGAUGACACUUGGGUGAGCAACAACACUUACUGGGAGUUGAGGCGCGACCUCGGCUUUGCCCACGCCGAUUUCCCGACGUUGUGGUGACCGCCGGGAUUUCGGCGCAGACCUUCUUCUGUGUUGUUAUUGCCUUAACGAAAAAUGCUUUUUUUUUUAAAAAAAAAAAAGUUGUGUAAAUUAUGUUAUGCACCCUGAGAAUGUUGAUUAAUGUGCAACGAGUCCAAUUUGGAGAACAUGUGAGAAGGCCGAGCGCUCCGCCUCAUUAUAAAACAUCCGACGAUGUAUUUGGACCUCAUUACAAGUAACGAGUGGCACCUCAUCCUGUACUUUAGACAAUCUCUACCUCAGAGAUAAAAGUAGCCUUGUUAUGCCGUCGAUUAACAUUUACAUCCCAUAUUUAUUCCGCACAUGCCCGAUGCCUUAUCGGUGGUACCGUCGUUGUUUUUUUAUUCUUUUUAGAUGGAUUCAAAAUGUAUAGAAUAUACGGUGCUCUGAAGAUGAACCAGAUCUGUACUGCAGGUUGCUUUCAAUCAAUCAAUCACAGUACUAAAUAUGUUACUCCUGUGUGAAUGAUGCAAAAAGGGAUGGAGGAGGUGUAGCAAAAGUCACAACACCCUCAUCGGUUCGUCCACCUCAUCCAAUGCGGCUUCGCUCCCAACUGCGUGGUGUGAUUGUGUUGCGUCGGGCUCGAAUAAAUGCUGCGAUGCUUCCCUCUUGUGGA